GACUGUAACCAUGAAGCCCGGAGGAGAAUUCAAAGUUAUAAUCGUGGGCGGCGGCAUUGCCGGCCUCACUCUUGCGAAUAUGUUGGAGAGAUUCGGCUUAAAUUAUAUCCUCUUGGAAUCUCACUCGGAGAUCGCACCCCAGGUGGGUGCCAGCAUCGGUCUAUUUCCCAAUGGUCUACGAAUCCUCGACCAGUUAGGAUGCUAUGAGCAGAUCCUCGAGAUAUUCCAAGGCAAGGACUUCACCGAAAGGACGUACAUACGACAUAAGAACGGCAAGGCCCUCACCAUCCUCUAUAGUAUGAAGGGGCAUUUUGAAUGGCGACACAGCUAUGGACUACUCUUCUUCGAUAGACAGAGGCUCUUGCAGAUUUUAUAUGACAAUCUCGAGCACAAGGACCGAGUGCUGCUAAAAAAGAAGUUCACCACCGCUAGUCUAACGGACGGGGUCGUUAGAGUUACUUGCGAGGACGGCUCCGUAUAUGACGGCACUCUUCUUGUUGGUGCGGAUGGUGUCCACAGCGCUGUCCGAUCGACCAUGAUUGCCCUUGGCAAUAAGAUUCGGCCGGGCUCAUUCGAUCUGAAGGAGCAGGAUGAAAUUCCUUGCUAUUAUAGGUGUAGCUUCGGAAUCGCACAGCACGUACCGGGCUGGAUCACAGGCGAGCAGCAUGUCGUGCUAGGCCGGCAUCAGUCUCAGCUCGUUGUUUCUGGACCUGAUGACCGUGUAUACUGGUUCCUCUUCGACAAGCUACCGGAGACGAAGUACGGCAAAGAUAUACCCAACUUUACCAAAGAAGACGAGGCGGAGUUCGUCAAGCGCAAUUUCAACCUACCCAUUACCGAGAAAGUUACAUUCGGUCAAGUUUAUAGCAAGCGCCUCUCGUCAACUCUAACACCGCUACACGAAUUCGUUUGUAAGAAGUGGUUCUUCGAUAGAAUCGUAACAUUGGGAGACUCUGUUCACAAGCCUAAUCCAAUCGGAGGCCAGGGCGCUAACGGUGCUAUCGAGUCCUGUGCGGAACUCAUCAACGCGUUGUUGCGCAAGAGAGACGACCGAGGCGGAUCUUUAAACGGUCUUUCGAGUCAGGAAGCUGAGCAGAUCUUCUGGGAGACGCAAAAUGCCAGGCAGAAGCGAGCACAGAUGAUUGUCGAUCUAGGCCACUGGAACCAGGACCUCAACGCUUACGAGAAUGUCGUAUAUUCUUCGCUGAUCUUCAAGUGCCUAAUCCCUUUAGCUGGUUUGGAAGGCCGGUUAAGUCAAGUAGCGGAAGUCUUUACUGGUGCUUCAGUAGUGAAAGCGCUCCCUGUUCCCAAGCGAGCCCGAGCGGUUCCCUACCGCGAUGAGCUUCCAGCGGUUCCUUUAAGCAAGGGUUCGUAUUUCGUUCGAGGCGUCUUAGUUGGGGCUAUGAGUCUUGCCUUAUUAGUCACCACCAAGGCUUGGAGACUUACGGUUCCUGCAAUCGAAGAGUGGAUGGAUAGGGUCCCUGUUGUCAUACGAUGGUUUGGCGAGAAUAACGUGUCAAAGGUGCUGAACAUGUACGUGUCGAUCCUAUCAAUACCGAUGCUAGACGAAGACCCUUCCACCAGGUUACAUCUGGUGAACUUUCUUUCCCAACUCAUAUCUCCGCUCCUCAUCUACUGCAUCGAAGGGUACCGCGCGGGGAAUCAAGAAACCCCUCUCGCUUUAUCAUCCACGUAUUCGGUCGGUAUGCAGCUUCUGGGCAUCGGUUGCAUAGGCCCAACGCACGCCAUUCUGAGCAGCCUUUUCACACACGAGUCCCCAACCGGCCGCUCUAUACCCGUAAGCGUAGCCAAGUCUUUGGUUCCUGCUAUCACGCUUGGCUUCGUAAUUCCGACUAUCUUCCUCCUCAUACCCGUUCCUAGCAUUAGGGGUUGGCAGAACCUACUGGCAUUAUGGCAGUUUGGGCCGCCCUUAUUCAACGUCUUAACUAAAGUCUUCUCCGUCGGUCUUGAAAGAGUGAAAUACGGCAACCAGUCUGCCGCAAAACGCGAAAAGGAGCAUCAGUUUGACUUAUAUGAGAAGAAGGACGUACCUAUCCUCAAAUCAGUUUAUACGUACGCUUUUGCCGUUCAAGCUACAGCCCACAUCGCCACCCUCUCGUACAUCUGGAUGCAUCCGGGUAUCUCAAUCGCCAAGACCUUCUUCGGUUUACCGAACCCCCUUACUCCGUCGUGGAACUUACCAGACCUCUUCUCAGAGGUAGCCACAUUUUUCAGGUACGAUAUGGCGCUCGCAGUUACGUCCUUCUUAAUCGGUAAUCUGUAUUCGAUCUGGGAUCUACGCCGGCUCGGUUAUAUUAAGACUACGGAAGCAAUAAAAGCUGCCCUGGCAGUGGUAGCUGGCCAGUUUCUCGUCGGUUCAGGUGCUACGUGGGCAGGUUUAUGGUAUUGGCGAGAGGAAAAGCUGGCUAGCUUGGGUAUAGGAGAGAGUGAAAAGUAGGACCGGAAUUAAAUAUACGGGAGACGGAAUAGAAAUAGAAACAUCAUUAAGGCGAGUAUAGAUAGAAUCGGUCUUAUGUUAACUACGCCUAGAAUAUAGAAAUAGAUUGAGUUACGA